GUCCACUUGCACUCGUUCCGGGUCUUUCUCCCUCGUUGACCACAUCGCCACCCGCUCAAGUACGAGGUACAAUACAAAGCUAGAGGUUUCACUUCGCCGACGCCCCCGUUGUUCGAAAAACCCUCAGGACCCUAGCUACCCUCGUCGUCCAGCGUAAAAAAGUAGGAAAAGAUCACCUCAAAAUGUCGAUCGUACCUCAAGAACAAGUCGCUGCUAUGCAGCAGCAAGGAGAUUUUGCCAUCAAAAGCUCUGAUGUCGCUGCCAAGCUCGACACCUCCCAAUGGCCUCUCCUCCUCAAAAACUACGAAAAGCUUCUCAUCCGCUCUUCCCACUUUACCCCAAUCCCCGCCGGAUGCAGUCCCCUCAAACGAGAUCUCCCUUCGUACGUGAAGUCCGGAGUCAUCAACCUGGACAAGCCUUCCAACCCUUCUUCUCACGAGGUCGUCGCCUGGAUGAAGAGGAUCCUUCGAUGCGAAAAGACUGGACACUCGGGUACCUUGGACCCCAAGGUUACCGGAUGUUUGAUUGUGUGUAUCGACCGGGCGACUAGGUUGGUCAAGUCCCAGCAGGGAGCCGGGAAGGAAUACGUCUGUGUGGUCAGGUUCCACGAUGCCGUCCCUGACGGUGCCAAGGGUUUCGCUCGGGGUCUCGAGACCUUGACCGGAGCUCUGUUCCAACGACCUCCUCUUAUCUCGGCUGUCAAGCGUCAACUCCGUAUCCGAACGAUUCACGAAUCGAAGAUGUUGGAGUACGACGAGAAGCGACACUUGGGUGUCUUUUGGGUCUCGUGUGAGGCCGGAACCUACAUCCGAACCCUCUGUGUUCACUUGGGAUUGUUGUUGGGUGUCGGCGCGCACAUGCAAGAGUUGAGGCGUGUCAGGUCGGGGGCUAUGGGAGAGAACGAUGACAUUGUGACCAUGCACGACGUGCUGGAUGCUCAGUGGACAUACGAUAACACUCGGGAUGAGUCCUACCUGCGUCGAGUCAUCCGACCCCUCGAAUCCCUGCUGACGAGCUACAAGCGUCUCGUCGUCAAGGAUUCUUCCGUCAACGCUAUCUGUUACGGUGCCAAGCUCAUGCUUCCCGGGUUGUUGCGAUUCGAGGCCGACAUCGAGCUCAACGAAGAGGUCGUACUGAUGACCACCAAGGGAGAAGCCAUCGCCAUCGGAAUCGCCCAGAUGUCCACUGCCGACUUGGCCACCUGCGACCAUGGGGUCGUCGCCAAGGUCAAGAGGUGUAUCAUGAACAGGGACCUUUACCCUCGACGAUGGGGACUGGGACCCAAGGCUCAGGAGAAGAAGAAGAUGAUCAAGAAGGGAGACCUCGACAAGUACGGCGCCAAGAUCCCGGGAACUACCCCUAAGGAGUGGACUCAGGGCUACGUCGACUACAAGGAAGACGGCGUCGUCACCUUCGGCAACAACCCCACAGAGACUAUCGCUACUCAGCCUCAGGCUUCCACCUCGACUCCCGUCACUGCUACGGUGACCGAGGUCGUCGAGGUUGUCAAGGCCGAUGGAGAGGAUAAGAAGGAGAAGAAGAGGAAGAGAAAGUCGGAGGCCGCUGGUGAGGACGGCGACAAGACCGUCGACGGUGCUGAUGGCGAGAAGAAGAAGAAGAAGAAGAAGACCGAAAAGACCGAGGAUGGCGACGUGUCGAUGGCUGUCACUGAGGGAGACACCACGGUAGCGAAGAAGGAAAAGAAGGAGAAGAAAGAGAAGAAGGAGAAAAAGGAGAAGAAGUCAGAGGCAUAGACUAGCAGGACUAAGCUUCGGUUUCCCCGUCUCUCGGUCAGGUGCAGCAAACUUGGCCUUUUAGGUUUGGGUCGGCUUGAUUUUGUAAUUUCUGCUUCAUGUACUACCAUCCUAUACAUGACCGCCGCUAGUAGCCUUGAUAGCGUAUCACGCUAUGGCGUCCGAAUUGUGAAGCAAUGUGGCCCACCGC